AACUUGACAGUUCGCUUCUUCCAGGAGAGACAAGACGAAACCUGCUCUUUCCGCAACAGCAGUAGCGCGUUGGCUUUCACGACGUCAACCGUCCCUCUCGGAGAGUACUGUUUCGAGAUGGAAGAUGUCUUCGGUGGAAACACCACUCAGGGUUUUGCGAACACAAGCUGGGCCUCUGGGCAGCUUCCAGGCGAAGUAGGCAUUUACUGGGCAGUCGAAAACGCCGAUUUAUACAGCCCCAAGGUGAACUACACCAGUGUUCUGUAUCAUCUGCGCCCGGUGCUAUCUGCUGACACGAACGAGCACACGGAUCGCUCAGUAUCUGUUUAUCCGGCCAAAGGCUGCGAAACUUGGGAUCCUACCAGCAAACUUCCGAUAAACCCCCCUGUUCCAUGGUAUGGCUUCAGCUGUUGGGGCGAAGAAGAAGGCAAUUGCGGUACUUCGGAGUAUGGUGCACGUAGCUUUCGCAUCCUGCCAGCUCAAAAGGAGAGCGAUCUAGCAGGCAAGUGUAUAGUAUUCGCGGAAUGUGGUGCGGCUAUGAGUCUCUAUACGUCCUCUCGUACCAUCGUUGGCGCCGCGUUGAGUGCGUCUAUGGUCAUCUGGUCUACCCUGUAG